UAAUAAUGUGUGUCAGUUUACUAAAAUAGUGAUAAUAACAUGGAUUCUCCUCAGUUAAUUGAAGGAGUUCAGAAGAAAAUUUUACAUGCGGGGAGAAGUGAUCCACCAGAUUUUCCUGAAGGCUCUAAGGUCACAUUUCAUUUUCAAACGCAUACGCUCAACGGUGAUGGAAAAAUAAAAGAUUGUAUUGAUGAUAGUAAAAAAACGGGAAGGCCUAUGGAGUUGAUCUUAGGAAAAAAAUUUAAAAUGCCAGUCUGGGAGGAGUGUGUCAAAACAAUGACCAUUGAUGAAGUUGCUGAGUUUACUGUAAAAAAGAGUCGUGUUGAUUCUUAUCCAUUGGUGUCCAAAAGUUAUCGUGAAUUUGCUGGUAUUGCUAACAGUAAGAAAGGGCAUAAAGGACAUUGUUGUGGAAUGAUGGCUUUCACUGAAGGAGUUGGACAUAAAGAUCUUGAUAUUCUUUUGAGGAAUCCUUGUGACUUGCAGUUUAAGCUGGAAUUGCUAAAAGUGGAAAAGCCUGGCGAGUAUGAAAAAGAAUCUUGGUCUAUGGAACCAGAAGAAAAACUUAAAUCUAUCCCUGAGUUAAAAGAAAUAGGUAAUAAAUUAUACCAAAACAAGCAGUAUGAUGAGGCAGUUAAAAAAUAUGUUGAAGCCUUAGGAAGGAUAGAACAGCUGUUACUGAGAGAGAAGCCUGGAGAAGAAGAAUGGUUAGCUUUGGAAAGCCUGAAAAUUCCAAUUCUGUUAAAUUAUGCUCAGUGUAAGCUGAUGCAGAAAGACUAUUAUCCAGUUAUAGAAUAUACAACUACUGUGCUAGAAAAAGAUCCUGGUAACAUUAAAGCACUGUUUAGGAGAGCCAAAGCUUAUGCUGGUAUAUGGGACUUGGAUCUUGCCCACGAAGAUUUCAAAAAAGUUGCAGAGCUGGACCCAUCAUUUCAGAAUACUAUUCAGAAGGAAUUAAAGCAUUUAACUGUUUUACAGAAGCAAAAAGAUGACGAUAUUAAAGCCAAACUUCUUGGAAAAGUAUUUGGUGAAGAAUCUUGAAGUGCAGUAUUGAUCUUAUAAUCAUUAAUGUUCGUGUUCCUUUGAAAUGCAUAUUGUAAAGUCUCCAUACGUAGGAAUUUUGUUUUCAGUCAAAUAUUGUCAAUUGCUGCAAAGAAGUGAUUUUUUUAGGGGGAGGAGCAUCAUAGGCUAGUAUUCUUUUGGUUAUAACUCAGGGCCACCUGCAAGCAUAAGCAAUAUAGGCAGCUGCAUAAAGUGCCAGUAUUCAGGGGGUUAAAUUUUGAAAUUAAAUAUCUGGGUCAAUUUCAUCAUUUAAAACACUUCUGUAAUUAGAAGUAGAUUAUUAUGACCAACGAUCAUGAAAAUAAAGGCAGAGUCUGGACUUUUAAGCAGGGUAAGCUGAUAGGUAUAUGUAUGUAUAUUUGGCGCUGCCAAUUGCAAUAAAAAAGUGAGGUGCACAACUAGAUCUUAUAGCAUUCCCAUAUACAAAAUCUUCACCUUCUACAACUAAUAGUUUUUUAUUUAUGCGAGGUACAUACAUAUGUCACAAAAAAAAUCCCUUUUGAAUCCAUUUUACAAUCCGGUUUGGAAAAAAAGAGUCCUUUAUUCUGUCUGUAUGUAUAGAUGCCACGUAACAAACCAUCCGAAUGGGUUUGAAAAUGCUCAAAAUGGAUAUUUCUGUUGAAAUAUGAUGUCUGAAAUUAUUUCUGAUUACAAUACUUCCUUUUUACUUCUUAC